AUGCAGAUAUUGAAGUUAUCAAAACCAAUAUAUCUUUCUAUGUGGAGUGAUUUGGUUAUUCAAGCAUCGCCGGUUUUGCAAGGAUCUUCCUUCCGGUUGAUGGCCUUCUCUGCCUUUGGUGCAGUGUUUGUAACCCUUCGGAUUGCAGUGGAUGCGGUUAUUCAAGAGGCUCACGAGAUCGUUCUAUGUGUGCGACUUCAUAUGCUUCUUUUUUUAUGA